AAAUGGACAAAAGUUCUGAAAACUGGAGCUAUUGAAGCCAAGUUCAUGGGCGUUGAUCUCAGCACUAUCAUGUUCACUAUGGAAAGAGGACAAGAUGUUUCAGAGUUGAAAGAGUUUGUGUUGGGUCAAGCAGAGGCAUAUGAGGUGAAAAUUGGGGAUCAAGUUUUUCGAAGGCCUGGAGAUCUUCCAUUAGAGGAGGUUAUUGAGGAGCUCCAGAAGAAGAAGACAACGCAGAAUGAUGGAAAUGUGAAAGAGGAAUUAUAGUUAUCUUACUUAAGUAUUGUUAGGUUGAUUUAGUUUGAUUAGCUACGCACUUUCUUUCUUAAGUAUCUUACUGUUACAUAUU